AUGGCGGGAGGAGGGGGCGGCGGUUGCCGCCCUGUCCGCUGUCGCCUAAGGCGGGCUCGGUCCGCUGGGGAGGCUGGAGCAGAUGCCGUUUCCUCUCCUCCAAGGCGCAGGUCUGAGAGGAACGUGGCAUCCGCUGCUCAGCCUGUGUCCCAGGGGAAUCCUCGCUUGGUGGCAAGCAAGAUGGUGGGCAGUCCAGUUCCAGUACCGUUUGCAGUGAGGCCAAUAACUCUGAAAAAGAUUGUGCCGCAUAAUCGGCAGGUGAAAGAGUCCACCAUAACCCCUCGGCGCAGUCCUCGGGUCUCCUUUAAAGAAGACAAGGAGAACUUACCAGUGGGAAACGACAGGGGCAAAAGCCCAGGCAAGGGUGACACCAAAGCAAAGUCGACACCUUCUCCGCCAAGCUGUCCUUUGGGCUCCGAAGCAGGGAGCCUGCUAGAAGGGGCAGAUGUGCUGUCUCCGAUUAACACCAAUGCGCAGGAGUCCCCACCUGAGGAUCAGCGGGAUGUGGCCAUGGCCAAGAGAGUACGUCGGUCUUACAGCCGCCUGGAGGUCUCCCUCAGCCGCAGCUUCCUGAGAGACCAGGAGUCCCCCAGCUCUGGCUUCUCAGACACCUCCACGCCUAACCAGGGCCUGGUCAGGCGGUACACACUUUUUGGCUUUGAAAAGCUCCUGGUUCCAGAAGGGCCUGACGAUGUGCUUCCGGAGGACCUGAGGACCAGCCCCAAGCUGGCAGCGACGCUGCUGGGACCCGGUGUCUUCAAGGAGCCUGAUACAGACCUCCCGGGCAUUUUGUUUACGAAGGAGAAACGGAAGAAGAAGAAAGUGCCACAGUUCAAUAAGACGGAGCUGGAUGAAUGGGCCUCCCAGAUGAAUGCGGAGUUUGAAGAAGCAGAGAGGUUUGACCUUCUCGUGGAAUAGAGAUUCCACU